AUGAAGCUCUUCCUCUCGUUUUCAAUUUGCAUAGCAGCAAUUCUCCUGGCAGCAACAUACCAGAACCUGAACAGCAGUUUACUACUACAAGACAUUCAAACACAAGUCGUUGAUUUCGUGUCGCGCACUUUGAACUACAACAACAACAACAACACCUCCACCAUAACCGAUACAUACGACCAACCCCUCACCACCUCAACCGACAGCACAAUGACCGUCGCACGCGGUAUCCGCAUGGCCUUCCAGGCCAUUGAACAAGCUGAAGGCGCCGGCGCACGCGUCCGCCGCUCUAUCGGAACCGCAAAGCUUCGCAACUUUAGCCCGUUCCUGAUGCUGGACCACUUCACCAUCGGCAAGGGCGCCGGGUUCCCAGACCACCCUCAUCGCGGGCAAGAAACCAUCACUUACCUGUUGUCAGGCGGCGUGGACCAUGAAGACUUUGCCGGAAACCGAGGCACUAUUGGCCCCGGAGACCUGCAGUUCAUGACUGCCGGCAAGGGUAUCAUGCACGCCGAAAUGCCGCAUGAGAAUGAGGAUGGCAGCCCCAACGUUGGCAUGCAGCUGUGGGUUGACCUGCCCGCUGCUUUAAAAUCAGUCGACCCACGAUACCGCGACCUGCGCGCGAGCGAGAUCCCCACGGUGAACGUGGACAACGACAGGGUGAUUAUAAAAGUCAUCUCAGGGCAGUCGCACGGCGUCGACUCUGUGCGCGAUCUCGCCUACACGCCGCUGUGGCUUUUGGACAUCACCAUCAAGCCCGGCGGACACGUUAAACAGCUGCUGCCCAUUGGCUGGAACGCGUUUGCGUACACACUCGAGGGAACCACGCAGUUUGUCACCCCCGAUGGCAACAGCAAGUCCGUGGAGCAGUUCCACAAUGUUGUGUUCCAGCAGUCUGGCGAUUAUAUCGAGGCUUCUGUGCCCGAAAACGCAGACAAGGAGGCGCGGAUAGUGCUGGUCGCGGGCCAGCCACUGGACCAGCCGGUUGUGCAGUAUGGUCCGUUUGUGUGCACGAGUAAAGAUGAGGUUUAUCAGGCGAUGACUGAUUUCCAGGCUGGCAAGAAUGGCUUUGAGAAGAGUAGGGGGUGGAGGAGUGAGAUUGGGAAGAGGAUGACUGGAUUUUAG